GAGUCACCGAGGUUGUCCCAAUGUCAAUGUUGACAUCACUGGGGCAAAAUUGCGUGGGGGGAUCACCAGCUGGCGAAAUGCAGCUCUAGCUGAAGAACCCUGCACGGUGUGUGUCAAGAAUGCACAGGUGUACCGGAAUCCAGAGCUGAGGAGAGGGAGGCGCAAAAAGAGCAGCUGUAUUGGCAGCUAUGCACAGAAAUCAGAGCAGCUGCCACUUAAUCUAGGGGGCGGAGCCAACAGGUUGUCUAGACCAGCUUGAAGCGAGCAACCAUUCCUCGUGCUAACGGCGUCAAAUGGCGGCAGCAUUGCGUUGCGGAGCCGUUAGGAGCGCACUUCAUUUCCCGCACUUUGCCAGCUCACACGAAACUGUCAAUCGAUCUCGCAAGCAUUGUUGGCAACAAGCCCCUCUGCCAAGUUUAGGGCUUUGCGGCCAUGACAUUCGGACAAGGGACAGCAACGAAGGGGACUUUAUCUCUGGGGCAGUUUCACAGAGACUGCAGCGUAAAGGACGGCGAGCGGUUGCGGUGCGGGCAGUAGCCACCGCUGCGCCUUCAAAAGUUGACAUGAAACAGGUUCUUCAACUCCUUGUCGAGCGAACGGAUCUGUCACAAGAACAGACAGAAGCGGCCCUUGAAAGCGUUCUGGAUGGAUCGCAUCCCGCACAGACUGCUGCUUUCCUUGCUUUGCUAAGAGCAAAAGGGGAGACGGCAGAUGAAAUUGUGGGGCUAGCUCGUGCGAUGCAGAAAGCGGCGGUGCGCGUUCACGCCGGAGACGACGUCCUGGACAUUGUGGGGACGGGAGGGGACGGUGCGAACACGGUCAACAUCUCGACGGGGUCGUGUAUCUUGGUGGCUGCGUGCGGGGGCAAGGUCGCCAAGCAUGGCAACCGGUCGGUUUCCAGCGCCUGCGGAAGCGCCGACGUUCUUGAAGCUCUAGGGGUCGCCGUCGAUCUAGGUCCAGAGGGCGUCGCGCAGUGCGUCCGAGAAGUCGGCGUCGGCUUCAUGUUCGCGCCUCGGUACCAUCCAGCGAUGUCUGCGGUCAAGCAAGUGCGGGCCGCGCUCAAGAUCCGGACGGCGUUCAACAUCCUGGGCCCAAUGCUGAACCCGGCCAUGGCACGAUAUGCCCUCGUGGGAGUCUUCAACUCGGAACUGAUUGAGCUGAUGGCGCAGUCGCUGCAGAAGCUGGGUACAAAGCGCGCACUGGUCGUGCACUCGGAGGGGCUCGACGAGAUUUCUCCGCUGGGUCCCGCAGACAUGUUGGAGGUGACACCCGAGACCAUUAGAAACUUCAGGGUGGAUCCAGUCGACUUCGGCGUCCCGCGGUGUACGCUGGAGGACCUCCGGGGCGGAGACAAGGCCCUCAACGCAAAGAUCUUGCGGGACAUGCUGGCGGGCGCUCGGGGAGCCGUCUCGGACGCUCUGAUUUUGAACGCUGGGGUUGGGCUCGUCGCGUGCGGCGUCGCUGCUGACGUCGGCGAGGGCGUGGCCCGGGCCAGGGAAGUGCAGCGGUCGGGAGCCGCUCUGCGGACGCUGGACGACUGGGUGGCCUUGUCGCAGAAACUACGACAAGAGGAGUCGUAGCUGCCUGCCGUUCGGUCGCCCGUCAGUGUUAGAUCCAGAGCUAGCAUGUACGAAGAGCACGGGCAAGUUUCGCAGCUCAAAGAAUUUCUGAGCUUGACUUACAUCUACCCAGGCAGGUAACGACAGAGAAGAGGUUACCUCCUCAUUGAGGUGCAUGGUUGAGUUUGAUGACAAGCAGAUUCGUAAUUGAAAGCCGAUCCAUGUCAAGCAUUUCCUCGGGGGUGAUCGGAAUGGCUGGUCGUUUACCCAGACCUGUCACGUUAGGAAGAUAAUGAGGAUGUAGUCGUAAGAUUGUUGUGAUGUCAUCACUGGCGGUGAUUGUGCCAGAUCCACUGUCAGAGUCAUCAAGGGCUCUGUCGAGCCGAAUCGCUUCGGGACUGCGUAAUCGAGCACGGAUUCGCGAAUGGACGUGCUGCGGUACGAAAAGCCUGGCCGGGGUCACCGGGUAGCUUUUCAAACCACGAUUCGAAAAGUUGCGCAC